AUGACUGCUCCGACAUCUUCGGAAAUGUCUCGCACCUCUGCCGAGUCGGGGGAUAUCGCCCUCCAGCGGCCUACCAGAGCGGACCGCUCCAAGAAGCCCCCAGUCUCCCUGUUAAACAACAACAAAAACGGCCUGGAUGUGUCUGCCUCUCGGGAAUCUUCCGUCAUCCGCAACAUCAACGGCAGCUUCCAACCAGGCGGUGCCCAGACCUCGUCUCAAGCCUCUCUCGGAAUCGACUCUGCCGCCUCUUUCACGUCUUCGAUCCUCCAGGAAGAGGCAAGGCUCCGCUGGGACUCCAAAUUCGAGCUCGAAAAGGUCUCCAAGACUCUCCUCACGCUGCAGAAAUGGCUUCUCAUUCUUGUUCUGCUCACGGUAAACGGUCUCCUCAUCUGGGUCUCUUACACAUACUACCAGCUGUUCUACAUGUUCAUCAUCCUGCUCAGCUCAAACACCACGCUUCAACUGAUCAUGAUGGUUUGCAUUCUCAUCAACUGGAUUUGCAGACACGCCAUGCCUUGGUGGUUCGGCAAGAAAGAGAUUAUCCCUGCAGAACCUGAGAAAAUGGUCCUCCUCCUGCCUUGCUAUAACGAAACUCACGAGGAACUGACUCGCUCUCUGGACUCUCUCGUCAUACAAGCGGGUAUCGAUGCCCAUCCUCGAGUCAUCUUCAUCGUUGUUGAUGGCGAUGCUCGCGGCCCCGGUAUGACCAAGACCACUCAGGAAUACCUCCUCCAGGAUAUCCUUGGACCUGGCCAGAUCCGACGAUUCGAAAAUGGUUACCGUGCCCGCGAUGGUCUCUUCAUGCCUGUCAAGGUCCAAACUGGCUACUACAAGGGUAUCCCAUACGUCUUUGUCGGAAAGAGCUACAACCAAGGCAAACGCGAUAGUCUGUGCUUUGCUCGCUCGCUUCUCUACCACUUCAAGAUGCGCUCGGAGAAUAUCCUCACCAUGUUCAACAAUGAUCUCUACGAGUACAUUGGCAACAGCUUUGUUCAAUUCGGCGUCGACACGGUUGACUACCUCGUUGGUAUGGACGCAGACACUGUCUUUGACAAGGACUGCAUCCGCGAGAUGCUCCGCGAGAUUCGCCAGAAUCCCAACAUCGUCGGUGUCUGCGGCCACGUCUGUGUCGACUUUGACGGCAAGUGGUUCUCCCCAUGGUCUCUCUACCAAUCGGUUGAAUAUUCCCAAACCCAAGGCCUGCGCCGCAUGUUCCAGUCUCGCAUCACCGGCAAGGUCAACUGUCUCCCUGGCUGCUGUCAACUGAUCCGCGUCGACGAGUCCACCUUUGGUGAUGCCGUCCUCCGCGAUCGCUUCGGAUACUGCCCCAAGCCCAACGACCUCAUGACUCAACACAUCAUGGGCAACUACUCGGAAGACAGCAUCCACGCGUCCAUCAUCUUCAGCCUGCACCCCGACAAGCUCACGGCACAGGCUCUGCGCGCCAAGGCAUACACCAUUGUUCCCCAAAACUGGAAAGUCUUCUUGUCACAGCGCAAGCGUUGGGCUCUUGGCAGCAUCUCCAACGAGUUCGUCAUGAUCUUCAGGCCAGGCAUCGUCAUGAUGGAGAGACUUCAAAGCAUCAUUGCCGUCAUGACAUGGGCCAUUACUCCAUUCAUCAUCGCCGCCGUGGUUGAGCUCAUCAUGCUCUUUGUCAGAAGGGGCCCAGAUUUGUUCCAUGAUACAAUCUUCAUCUCCCUGAUUACGAUCUUGUUUACACGCUACUUCUAUGCAUUCUGCGUCGGCUUCUGGCUUCCCCGAAACAUGAAGGAGCGCAUCCAAUAUUUUGUCGGCUACUUCAUCCACUUCCUCACCUCUCCCUUUAUGAACAUCAUCAUCAUGAUUUACUCGCUCUUCAACUCUGAUGACUUCAAAUGGGGCAAGACUCGCGAAGUAGUCAAGAGUGACGACGAGGGCGAGAAAGCACCUGACGCCGACCGCAACGCCCAUUGA